ACUGUGAACUCCCAUCCCAAGAAACUUUUAACACAUUUUCAAAAGUUCAACAAAUAGAAAUUUUAAAAGUAUGCUACAAUGCACAAAAAAAAUUGCUUAAUAAGCUACUUGAAGAUAAAAGAAUAGAACAUGCCGAUAUUGAAAUUCUAGUUGUACAACUACCUAAAAGAAACAAAACUCAAUCAUCGAAGUUAAAACUAUGGGAACUUUGUCCUUGGUUGUCAAAAGAUUAUUUUUCAAAAAUCAAAGCUGAUUUUACUCCACAUCUUGAAGAAAACAAAAUUACAGAACUAACAACAUGGUCGCAGUUAGGAUAUUCAGCUAGAGAAAGUUGGGUUGAAGAUGUAUAUAAUAAGCAUAGGCUUCAAAUUGGUUCUAAUAAGUGGAUAGUGCAGGAAUGUUUAAAACAAAAAUUAAAUGACAGAGCUGAUAAUUUCCGAAAAAGAACUAAAAGAAAAAAUGACAAAGUUGUUAAACCGAAUGUAUUAGUUGAAAAUUUAACUUUUGGAUCUAAUAAAGAAUGCGAAGAAGUUGGCAAAGAAAUUGACCAAGAAAUUAACCAAGAGAUGCAUCCAAUUGGUGAAUACUUUUUUAGAAAUAAUUCUUAUGAUAACUAUGAUGGUUCUACCUCUAAUAGUUAUGCAACACCCUCUUCUAGUAGUUACCUUGCUCCUGCGUCUAGCAGCCACACUAUCUCUACUCCUAGCAAUUAUGUUAUCUCUGCAUCUAGCGGCCACAUUACUUCUGCUUCUAGCACCCUAGCCUCUGGUAGUUAUAUUGGUCCUACUUCUAACAGUGAUAAUGAGACGAGAGAAAAUAUUUUAUCACAAAAUCUUAAUGAUACCUUACAACAAAGCUUAUCUAUUAAACAAAUUACUAAUAGAAUAAGCAGCCGAACUCGACAGAAAAGUGAUACCAAUUCCAAGAAAUGUGAUCAAAAAUUAAAAGGUUCUUUACCAAAACGGGUUCGAAAAGAGGAUACUCAAUUACUAGCUAGCAAAAAAAG